AUGUUAGGCUAUUCCAAUGCUGGUAUUCCAGAUAAGUCAUGGCAACCGCCAGUAGCAGUUCUAGAAACUUCAAUGGGAACCAUGAUAGUUGAAAUGUACUGGAAACAUUCACCACUUACAUGCAAGAAUUUUAUGGAAUUAGUCCGAAGAGGUUAUUAUAAUAACACAAAAUUUCAUAGAGUCAUUAGAGAUUUUAUGGUACAGGGUGGUGAUCCGACAGGGACAGGAAAAGGAGGGCAGUCUAUAUAUGGCCCCACAUUCGAUGAUGAAAUCACCUCAGAUCUGAAGCACACUGGAGCAGGAAUUUUGUCUAUGGCAAAUGCUGGCCCUAAUACAAAUGGAUCACAAUUUUUUAUUACAUUAGCCCCAACUCAGUGGUUGGAUGGGAAGCAUACAAUAUUUGGACGGGUACAAAGUGGUAUGUCAGUAGUAAAAAGAAUAGGCUUAGUGGAAUGUGAUAAAAAUGAUUGCCCUGUAGAUGAUGUGAAAAUUGAGAGAGCAUAUAUACCAAAAUAA